AUGGCGAUGAGGAUGACUGGCCGUGUGCUGCUGGUGUGUGCCCUCUGCGUGCUGUGGUGCGGCAAUGGUUUUGGAGAUGCAAGGGACGAUCGCUACAACGAGGGUGGAGGAAACUUCUUGACGCACGCGCGUAAUGGAGGAAAUGACAGGCUGCGCCUGAAGGCGGAUCGCGGGUUGAUUUCCACCCGAAUGGGAUUAAUAAAGGCGGUUGCAGCUGAGGAUGACAGUGAAGGUGGAAUUAAUAAUGCCCUAUUGGAGGAGAAAACAGCGGCUGGUGGUAUAUCAGCUGGUAGUGGGGGCGACGCAGCGCCUGUUCCAAAAGAAAUGGAAGGUGCCGCAGGUGCAGGAACACCAUUCCUGCCGUCUGGGCCUGGAAUGCCAGGGAAAGGGCAGAAACCGGGCAG